AGCGGUCUCAUGUGUUAUCGCUAUUGUAGUGACGGCUGAGGUUUUUGUACCAAUUUAUUACUCAAUGGGAUUCAUAAGUGUUAAUGAGUAUUUAGGAAAACGAUUUGACGCUGAUUAUAUGCGAUUUGCCGGUACAAUGGGAAUAACGUUUAAAUAUAUACCUCAUUUGGCGACUGUAUUGUAUGGACCGGCAGUGGCUCUCAGUGCAGUGACACCGCUAUCUAUACCGACGGAGGCAUAAAAGCGGUCAUUUGGACGGACGUAUUGCAGGGCUCACUCAUGUUUCUGGGAGUCCUUGUGGGUGUCAUAGAAACGGGUGGACUCAAAGAGCUGUGGGACAUAAAUGAGCGAGGGGGUCGACUCAAAAUUUUUAAUAUGAAAGUCGAUGUCUAUAAUCACGACAACGCCUGGAAUAUGCUGUUCGGAACGGCUAUCGCGUGGACGAGUGGUUACAGUAUAUCACAGCAACAGAUACAGCGAUACUGUAAUAUGGGUUCACCGCAAAAGGGCCGGCGGGCGUUGUAUUGGAAUCUCCCGGGGCUCAUACUAUUUACAUUUAUGGCCGUAACGUGUGGCAUGGUCAUAUACGCCAAAUACCACGCGUGUGACCCUGUUACUCUGGGUCUGGUCAAAAGGCACGACCAACUCAUGCCGUAUUACGUUAUGGACACCUUAUCUCACUACCCGGGAAUACCGGGCCUUUUUGUGGCCUGUGUGUUCAGUGGGUCACUCAGCACCCUAUCGUCGGGUUAUAACUCAUUGGCGGCCAUCACUUGGGAGGACCUCAUUAAAGAUCGCGUGAAUCUCAAAAAUGAUAGCCAGGCCCUGAUUAUUACUAAAUUAAUUGCCAUGUCCUACGGACUGCUAAUCAUUGGGUUCGCGUUUCUCGUGGGAAACGCCGGGACUGUAAUGCAGGCGUCGCUGGCUAUGAGCGGCGCUAUGAGUGGCCCUAUAUUUGGCUUAUUUAUUGUCGGCUUAUUUCAUCCGUACGCCACCGCACCGGUAGCCAAAAUAGACUAUAAUAUAGGCGCAUUAAUAGGAUUUCUGAGUGGAUAUGGCGUUACCGUAGUCCUCGCUAUCGGUUCGCUGGUUAUUCCGCGACCGAAGGUGUCGUUACCGACCACUUUAGACCACUGUCCCCUAGAUGUCAUCCAAAGUGUGUUCACCCAAUUUGAAACACUGCCCAACUCUACGUACAUCCCGUCCUAUGAUAAUGUGGAAGGUUUGGGUCAAUUCUUUCACAUCUCAUACCUAUUGCUGUCAGCACUUGGAUUCACGAUAUGUAUUGUGAUGUCAGUAGCGGCCAGUCUAUGCAUAGGCAAACAAAUCAAAACACUCGAUACAAAACUUAUGUCACCAGUCGUAAAAUAUAUAUUUCCCGGUAUUGGCGCCCAAAAUAAACAAAAAUCCAAUGAUAUCGAGACAAUAGAUGCUACUACAGUA